AAUUUUGAAUUUUUGACAUUUUUUUAGGUUAUGUUAUCUAUAAGAAGGAUGUCCAAUUAUUUUUCUUUAUAUUAUAAGUUAAAAACUCUAGAAAAUAAUAUACUUAAAACGAAAUAUUUAUUUCCACAAUUAAGAAAAUAUACGAAAUACAAAACAGUUCGGCAUUACUCAGUGAACAAAAAAGUAGAAAAACAGGAAGAACAUGUUAAAACGACAGGAAAAUUCGUACCGUUUCUGCAGACGAUUAACAUAAGACGUUCAGAAGCCAGGAGAAGUAUAAUAGUUCAAGUUCAAUCCACACAGUCUUUCAAAGAACUGUGGUCUUAUUGUAACUCUAUAGGAAGUGUUAAAUAUAUGUUUCAUUAUAGCAUUGGAAUUGAACCAUUGCACUUCAUUAUUGUAGAGUUUGCUAAAGAGGAAGAUGUUAAGUCUUUAAUGAGUUGCAGUAUAUACUCUGAAGGACAUUCAGCGAUGCCUACACAAUCUCAUUUUAUGUGGUUUAAAGCUGCUAGUAAAAAAAUCAAAUUAAAACAAAGCAAGUCUGCCAAAUUAUUUGUGGAGCAUGGUACACAAAUUAAAGUUGAAGAAGAAAUAAAGACCUCUUUAAGUAAAUGUGAAAGUGUUUCAGAUCAAAUCAAAAGUCUCCACGAACUGACAAAAUUGAAUGAAGUCGGUACUCGUUUAAGGUUUUUAACAGCAUUGCAAAUAGAAGACGCUGUAACAGGAAUGUUCCCAUCGGCCAUAGCUUACCCAUUUGGAUCUAGCGUCAAUGGAUAUGGCAAAAUGGGCUGCGAUCUCGAUCUUUUUUUAAGAUUAACUGAUGAUAAGAAGAAAGAAGACGGUAGAUUGGUGUUCCAUUGUAAACCGUUGAACGGUUCAGAAAGAACGAUGACCCAAAGGCAUAUGGAAGCCAUUGGCGACAUGAUUCACCUGUUUUUACCCGGUUGCGGCCAAGUUAGAAGAAUUCUACAGGCCGCUGUGCCCAUUAUUAAGUACCAUCAGCAGUUGACUGAUGUGGAAUGCGACGUUUCAAUGUCAAACAUGUCUGGGGUUCACAUGUCUGAUUUCCUGUACAUAAUGGGCGAACUGGACGAAAGAGUUCGACCUCUGAUUUUUGCAAUUAGAAAUUGGGCUAAAAUUGUAGGCAUAACGAAUUCGGCUCCGGGAAGAUGGAUUUCCAAUUUUUCAUUGACGUUGCUAGUGCUGGCGUUUCUUCAGAACCCUCAAAGCGGCAAGCCUGUAUUACCGACAUUAAAUCAAUUAGGACAAUUAGCAGGAAAAAACGACCAAUUUCUUCUAGAAGACGGUACCGAUUGCACCUUUCUACGAGACAUAACUAACUACAAACACGAAACCAAAAAUACAGACACACUAGAAGAACUGCUGAUCGAAUUCUUCGUCCACUAUGCCCACUUUGAUUUCGAAAACAAAGCCGUAUGUCUCAACGACACCGCGGUCAUCGCCAAACCCGAACACACGGCCAUGUACAUCAUCAAUCCGCUGGAAAGGGGUUUAAACGUCAGUAGGAACGUCAGCAUCGAAGAAGUUACAAGAUUUAAGAGCGAAGUUAAGAACGCAGCGUGGGUUUUAGAAUCUAACGAAAAAUCGUUGAAUUGGGGAUUGUUAUCGAUUCAAACCGCGCCGAAUGUGACGAAUAGCAUGUUCCAGAAGGCGGUUGCUGCGCAAGCGCAUGCGAAAGCCGGGAGGUUGGUGGAAAUUAAGUCAAUAUUUGAAAAGGACGCUGAAGAUAUGAAGCGAGGCGGAGAAAAAGUGAAAAAUAAACAACGGUAGCGUGGUGUAGUGACGUG